CAUUGCACUUAUUGCUUCUAAAAUUUUUCUGCUUCAAGGAGUUCAACACGGGGCGCUUCACUUGUUUGUAAUUGAGGCAAAUUAGUCUGCUUUGAUACCUCUACUACUUAUUAAGGACGCAAGAGUACCCUGUCUCUGACUUUGUUCUGCCACCGGCCGUUCCGACAUCCGUGAAUCUGAUAGCCCAUUUUAGGGUCGCUAUGCACACUUUCUUCUGUGUAAUGCAACUUCAUUAGUGUUGCUAUGCACACUUUCUUCUGCACCAACCACAAUAUUCUCUUGGGAUGCUGUCAAUGGGAUGAAUGAAUUGCAUAUUUUAGGGUCUUUGCUACACUAUAGAGUAGAUGGGUUAUAAAUAUACAAAUCUCAGCUUCCUAUCCAUUCUUUCUAUCUAGAGUUGUAGACACCACAUAGUAUACAGCAGCAGGAGCAGUGCUUUGCUCAGUCCACCUUUGUUGAAGCUGGGCUGAGAGUGUAGGAGUGAAGCCCCAAGGCUCUCUGGGCCAUCGAGGAUCGAUCGGGCGGCGGCGCCGUCGGGCAGAAGCGGUCGUCACCGGACAAGAUGCACAGGUCCACCAUGGACGUCGUCUACCACCACCACCACCACCAAGAGUCGCUGUUGACGGGCAACGUCGCCGCCACCGCCAGCGCCGGUAAGAAGCUGGGCGUGGAGCGGUUCGAGUUGCCGCUGAUCUACAUCUCGCUGUCGCGGAAGGAGAAGGACGACAAUUUCCUUGCGAUGAAGGGCACCAAGCUACCCCAGUGGCCCAAGAAAAGGGCCAAGAACGUGGAGACCCUCCAAGUAUUAAACACCUGGCCUGAGAUCGAUUUGAUCCUCUAUUUCUAACCCGAUCCAAAUCGAUCUCUGCUCUCAAAACUUAAACAUGUGCCCCUUGCUUUUUAUCAUGCAGUUUAUCUUCCUGGGGAUGUGGUGGGGUAGGGGCCAUAGGAUGGAUUUGAAUUCAUGAUAGUAUCUACACAUGUACACUGCUUAAAGAUACUAUGUACGUAUCUAUAUCUAUUACAAUUUUGUAUAAAUACUUUUUGAUAGUU